CCUCUUCUCUAAUUGUGCUCGGAGCACCUGGCAGGCGUGUCCCGUCCCAUAUCCCGCUAAGACAGCGUCCCAUGCACCUUGGAUCCACCCGGGACUGACUUCUGCGGGUACCAUGACAGCGCCGGUGUUCUUCGGUUGCGCCUUCAUCGCCUUCGGGCCCGCGCUCGCUCUCUACCUCUUCACCAUCGCCACCGACCCUUUGCGAGUCAUCUUCCUCAUCGCCGGUGCUUUCUUCUGGUUGGUGUCUCUGCUGCUUUCGUCUGUUUUCUGGUUCCUAGUGAGAGUCAUCACUGACAACAGAGAUGGACCAGUACAGAAUUACCUGCUCAUCUUUGGAGUGUUGCUCUCUGUCUGUAUCCAAGAGCUGUUCAGGCUCGCAUAUUAUAGACUGUUAAAAAAAGCCAGCGAGGGUUUGAAAAGCAUAAACCCUGAGGAGACAGCACCCUCGAUGCGACUGUUGGCCUAUGUUUCUGGCUUGGGCUUUGGAAUCAUGAGUGGAGUGUUUUCCUUUGUGAACACCCUGUCUAAUGCCUUGGGGCCAGGCACAGUGGGCAUUCAUGGUGAUUCUCCUCAGUUCUUCCUUAAUUCAGCUUUCAUGACGCUGGUUAUCAUAAUGCUGCACGUGUUCUGGGGCAUCGUGUUUUUUGAUGGCUGUGAGAAGAAUAAGUGGUACAUCCUCCUUACAGUUCUCCUGACCCAUCUGGUGGUGUCCACCCAGACUUUACUAAGUCCUCACUAUGAAGUGAAUCUGGUGACAGCAUAUAUAAUCAUGGUGUUCAUGGGCAUCUGGGCAUUCUGUGUUGCUGGAGGCAGCCGCCGAAGCCUGAAACUCUGUCUGCUCUGCCAAGACAAGGACUUUCUUCUUUACAACCAGCCCCAGAUAACCUCUGACGUCAGCACCUCCAAACAGCAGCCUGUGUGCAGAGGAAGGGCAGCGGGCCCUGUUCUAAAUGACCCUUUUCUUCUGGAGCUUUGGAGCAGCAGAGCUUCUAGCCUGCAGCUGUCCUGUGCUUUCAUGCAGCAGCCUCUGGAAGAGCUGCAGUGUGGCCUGCAGCCUGGCUGCACAUUUGAGGCAUCUGGGGAAACAAAGACCGAUGCUUCUGGGCUUCCCCUCCAGACUCGAGUAUCCCAGAUGUGCAAUACAGCUGAGUCACUGGGGUCCAAUGGGAAGUUUCAGAGAACCCAAAGGCUGUUCUGUAUUUGUCUCCUAAGCCAACUUCUGCUGAGCAAGUAAAUUUCUGAAAACCUGG